UUCUGUUUCCAGUCGGCUGCCAAAACUCACCUCAUCAAACUCGAGCGUAUCCAAUACCGUUGUCUUCGCAUCGCUUUGGGCUGUAUGCCCUCAACGCACAACAUGAGUCUUGAAGUUUUGGCAGGAAUACUCCCUUUGAAAGAUCGAUACAAUCUACUAUCACUUCGGUUCCUCAUCAGGUGUGAGGUCAUGAACCCAUUGGUGAUCGUUAAUUUUGAAAGGUUACUAGAGCAAAAUCUUCAUACCAGAUUUAUGUCUAUAUACCAUGUCCUCAUGUCAAUGCAGGUAAACCCUUCUUCGUACUCUCCAACUCGUGUUUUCAGCCCAGACUACGAUAAUUCUUCUGUCCAGUUUGAUUUGUCUAUGCAGCAGGAUAUUCGUGGAAUCCCGGAUUCGCAUCGCCCACUUCUGAUUCCAAAAAUUUUCGAAGCUAAAUAUAGACACGUCGAUGCUGACAAAAUUUACUUUACCGAUGGGUCUCUAAUUGAGGAAUCAACGGGAUUUGGAGUUUUCAACGAAACAACUAGCGCCUCUUAUAACCUCCAGUCACCAUGCUCUGUAUAUAUAGCAGAGUUAGCUGCUAUUCACUGGGCCUUGGAGAGCAUCGCCUCACGGCCUGUUGGGCACUACUACAUUGUAACGGAUAGUCUAAGCUCAGUUGACGCAAUACACUCAAUACGACCGGGAAAGCACUCGCCGUUCUUCCUAGAGAAGAUACGGGAUAUUUUGAGUGCUUUAACAAGACGUCGCUUUUCAAUCACCUUUGUUUGGGUUCCCUCUCAUUGCUCGAUAGUGGGCAAUGAGAAGGCAGACUCUCUGGCAAAGGUGGGGGCGACGGAAGGCGACACGUAUCCACGUGAAAUCGUCUUCAACGAAUUCUACUUCUUGGUACGAGGGAACUCUCUUGUCAACUGGCAGCGCAAAUGGGACGAGGAUGAGGAUGGUCGGUGGCUCCACUCGAUUAUCCCAAAGACGCGGUACUCUAUCGUUUUGACAUUGCUGGCAGCAAUUUGUGUAGUUGCGGCCAAGGUUACCAUGACAUCGAGCAUAUUGUUUGGUCGUGUGAGGUCCAUCUUGUCGCCAGAACGAAUUUAAUAGACUCCCUUAGGGCCCGAGGAAAACCACCUAAUGUUCCAGUGAGAGAUGUACUAGCUGUGCUAGAUUUGGACUAUAUGUUAGAAAUCUACCUUUUUCUAAAAGCUAUCGAUCUUCGUCUAUAAUUUCUUUUUUAUUUUCAUAUUUCCCUUUCUAUCUUCCU